AAAUAAAAAACAAUUAUUCAAAGUCCCUGAUGAAGAAGAAAUAGAAAAAUAAAUGUUAGAGGUAGAAAAAUUAAAGAAAAUAGAUCAAGAAUAUUAAGAAAAGAAGAGAGAAUUAUAAUAAUAAAAAUCAAAAAUAAAUUUAACAAAAAUUCAAAAAAUAGAAGAAGAAUAAAAAAGAUUAGCAUAAAAAUUAGAAUAAUUAAUUAAUGAACCUAUUGAAAAUGAAUAAGAAGAAAUGUUAAAAUUAGUAGCUUUAAAAAGAAGGGUAGCAGAAGCACAAAAAUAAGAAAUGAUGUUAUUAGAAGAAUAAUAUUUAAAAAAAAAAGAAUUGGAAAUAUAAGAAAAUGUAAGGAAAAAAAUAGAACUUGAAAAGAUUUUAGAAAAGAAGAAAGAAUUAAAUGAUUAAUUUCGAAAAACUAAAAUAGAGUUAGAUAUGAUUGAAUAAGAAGAAUUGAAUAGAAAAAAUUAAAUGAAAAAAUAUAUUGAAAAGGCUUUAAAACAUGAUAUUUUAAAUAUUGAUAAUGAAAAGGAAAAAUAGUAAAUUAAAGAUAUUUUAGUUGAAUAAAUGGUUGCUGACCAAAAAGAAAAAGAAAAUAUUUUAGGAGAAAUUUAAGCUGUUAGAUAAUAAUAAAAAGAUAAAAUAAAAUUUGAAUUUCAAUAAAAAUUAAGAGAACUAAAUGAUUAAAGAUUUUAAUUAAAUUAAGAAGGAGAAUAAUUAUUAAUUAAAAAAGCUUAGCAUUUUGAAUUAUAAAAAAAUGGUGUUGAAUUUAUGUCUAAUAUUGAAUAAGGUUAUGCUCCUCCAAUAGAGUAUAUUUUAUAAAAUAUGUAAAAUAUAAACGAAGAUGAGUAUCGUAAAGAUUUCGAUAUAGAAGAAAUUACUGAAAAAGCAAAGUAAAUUGCUUUAAAGGGCAAUAAAAAAAUAGAAUCUUUAAAAUAGUAACUUAAUGAAUUUUCUAUUUUAGAUCCUUAUACUAAACCUUAUAAAGGUGAAUUAAAACCUAUUAUCUAAAAAAUGAACCCAGAAAAUGUUUAUAUAGCCAGGCUUAUUGUUGAUUGGUUAAUAGAGUAAGCAAUAAGAUAGUAUUUAGAAAAAUAAAAUAUAUAUGAAGCAACAAAAGAAAAAUAGCAAUAUAUAUAAGAAAAAGCUAAAAGAUUAUAAGAUAAAAUCAAUUAAGCAUCAAAUGAAAUAAACUAUGUAUCUAUUCGAGAUCGUAUAUUUGAAAAAGUAUUGAAUAAAAUAAUAAGAGAAGCAGCAAUAGAAAUUGCAACAGGAAAAGACUAGAAGGUCAAAGAAAAUAUAAAAUAAAGUACAAAAGAUAAAUAAGAAGAACAUGAAGAUUAAGAUUAAGAAGAGGAUAAAACAAUUUUAAAAUUAUAUCCUGAAUCAGACUGUAUUAAUUAACUAGGUACUUAAGACAUUAUCGAAAUUGAAAAAUAAUAUUGGAAAAGUAUUACUUUAGAAAAUUAAAAGUUCAUUUCUCAUAAUUCUAGAAACAAAUAUUUUGUCAGUGCUAUUUGUAUAUCUUUUAAUAAAGAAUUCAUUGCUAUAGGAUAUUCUAACGGAUUGGUUUAAGUUUUUGAUACUUUUACUAGUUAGUUGGUUGCUAUUGUGGAAUAAAAUUAGUAAAAAGCUAUUAAAUAAGUAAUAUUUGCCUAUGAUAAUAUUAGCUAAUUAAUUGCAUUAGAUGAAGAUGGUAACGUUACUGUAAAUUAUAAUGCAACUAAUAUUAAGGGUAAUAAACCAAAUAAAAAUAAAGAAGAUUAAUAUGCUUUAAAUUUUUUACUUUAUUAUGAUUUAAAUUGGAAAUGGAUUACUAGAGGAGGAAAAGCUAAUGUCUAGGAUGAUUUGAAAAUUGUUACUUCUAUUUUUCAUCCAGGGAUUACUUUUACAGGAGUUUAACCAUCUAUUUUAUUAGGAUGUUAAGGCGGAUUAAUAAUGAAAUUUAAUUCUAAUAAAGAUUUAUAUUAAAAUUAAAUUUAUAAAUUUCCUAUACAUAAUGUUAUAAAUACUCAUAUUAUUACAAAUUAUGAUGUUGAAUUUCCUUCAGAAAAUUAAAAUUUAAUCGAUUUUAAAGAUAAUUAUGCAAGCAAUAAUUAAAAACCUCCAAAUAUUUUUAGAGAAUUUUUUGUCGAACAUAAAGCUAAAAUUGUUUAAAUAUUUUUUAUUAAUAAACCUGAAACUUUUAUUAGUAUAGAUUCAAAGGGAUACAUAUAUUAUUGGAUAUAUGAGAAAGAAUAAUAUAAUGUAAAGUCAAAUGGAUAUAAGCCGAAGUCUAAAUUCAAAGUAUAUAAAAAAAGUAGUUAUAAUAACAAAAAAUAAAAAAAGGUAGUUACAGAGUCUAUGUAUUAUGUUCCUAAAGAAAAAAAAGGAAAAGAUGAUGCAGAUAACUUAAAAAAAAUAGAAUUGGCAACAAAAGAAAUGACAAAAGAUUAAGGAGGAUCAUUAUAUUAUAAAAAAUUAAUUGAAGAAAAUCCUACUUACGAAAAUGAUCUUAUUCAAUAAACAUUUAUCCCGAAUUUAUAAAAUAUAGCAGAUAUUGUAAUUACUAAGGAAUAAUUUCCUACUGAAUCUGAUUAAGAUGUCAUAUUUUAUAAAGGAAGAGUAAAUUAUAAAACUUAAAAAUUUGAAAAAGGAUAUAUAUAUGAAUGCUAAAUAGUCAGUGGAAAUAAAUAUAUUUACAUAGAAUAAGUAUAUCCACAUAAGAUAGAUACAGAUUUAGUUAUUAUUCAGUUUAUAAGAUUUGAUACAACACUUUUUAAACUAAAAAAGGUAAAAAUAUCAAUUGAAUCUCCUGUAGUAGAUGGCGUAGAUUUUACAGUCGUAGAAAAUUUUACUCCAUUUGGAAUUCCUUAUUUAUUUGUGCUUUUAAGAUAAGGCUUGAUGAUCAUAUCUUGUGCUACAGGUAGUAAAUUGUAAUUGUUUGAUUAAUAUUUUAAUGAUAUAAUUUAAGAAGCGAAACUUAAUAAUGUAGUAUUUGGUAAUAUUAUAAAGCAUUUAUUAGAUUAAUUCAUUUUUAUAUGCGUAAGUGAUUGCAAUGGAGUGUACAAAUAUCACAUAGUAGAUAGUAAUGAUUCUGAAUAAAAGAGAAAAAUUUUAAGUAACCAACUUGAAUUCAAAAGAUUAUAUUCUAUUUGA